CCUAAUUCCUCCGCUCAUCCUCUCUCUUUUCCUCUCUGACCCGAAGCAAACACGACCCUUCUUCUCUCUCACUCUCUCGUCUCUUCUCUCAUCCCUCUGAAAUCAAAAUCAAACGCGAACAGAAAAAGAACAAAACCCAAAACCUCCCAUUCGUUUGAAAAUCGAUCUGCCUCUUUCCUCUCUUUUCCUCGUGUUGGCGACAAGGAGAGUAGAACGAUGACAACGGCGGCGAAAUCGAGGGCCUUCGACGUCGACGAUGGUGUUGACUGCGCCGAUGAAGGGAAAAUAGGGAAAACGAAUGGCGACGGCUCUGGGUAUUACCGGCGGCGAGGGUUGACGAGGGAAGGAAUGGCUAGCGAGAAGAAGAGUCACCGCCGGCAAGCUCUGGUGACAGUGCCGCCCGUUGACUCGUCAGAGUAA